CUUGAAGCUGAUACUUCUAGCUGAGCCACAAGUGCUGCUUGGAAAGGGCUUAGGUUGUUUCCAGGGGGAGAACUCUGCAGAGAAGAGGCAAAGUUCAACAGGACAACAAAGAAGCUGCAGAAACAGCCAGGAAAAGGAAGAGCCCUCACAUUUUAUCUCAGAACCUCCAACCAGAGUUCUCUAAAGUAAUUCUGCAAAGUACAGCUUGACUGAAAUUUUUUACCUGGGUUUUGCUUCCCACCACGACCAUGACGGAGAUCACUGCUGAAGCAAAUGCAUCUACAACUACAACUGUGAUAGACAGCAAAAAUGGAUCUCUGCCCAAAUCCCCUGGAAAAGUCCUGAAGAGGACAGUCACGGAAGAUAUCGUAACAACAUUCAGCUCUCCCGCAGCCUGGCUCCUCGUCAUUGCUCUGAUUAUCACAUGGUCAGCAGUUGCCAUCGUUAUGUUUGAUUUGGUGGAUUACAAGAACUUUUCAGCGAGCUCUAUUGCCAAGAUUGGUUCAGACCCUUUAAAACUUGUUCAUGAUGCUGUGGAGGAAACCACGGACUGGAUCUAUGGCUUCUUCUCUUUGUUGUCUGACAUCAUCUCAUCUGAAGGUGAUGAGGAAGAUGAUGAAGGGGACGAGGACAUUGAUAAAGGGGAAAUAGAAGAGCCUCCCUUAAAACGAAAAGAAAUACACAAAGAAAAGACUGAAAAGCAGGAAAAACCUGAAAGAAAAAUACAAACUAAAGUGACACACAGAGAAAAAGAAAGAGAAAAAAUAAAGGAGAAAGAAAAAACUGAAAAGAAAGCAACUCACAAGGAAAAAAUUGAGAAAAAAGAAAAACCAGAAACAAAGUUAUUAACAAAAGAGGAGAAGAAAGCUAAAACUAGAGAAAAGACUGAAGAAAAGACCAAGAAGGAAGUGAAAGUUGGAAAACAGGAGAAAGCGAAGCAAACAGCUGCAAAAGCAAAAGAAGUGGAGAAAACACCACGAUCGAAGGAGAAGGAUGCCAAAGAAGCCGCAGCUGCUGCAAAACAUGAACAGAAAGAUCAGUAUGCAUUCUGUCGAUAUAUGAUUGACAUGUUUGUCCAUGGGGAUUUAAGACCAGGUAUUGAAAACAACUCUUGUAAUUGUCUGCUUUAAUAGUCUUUGUUUGUAAGAUUGUUGGCUUUUUUAUGCAUUAAACUGUAUUUUCAUUUAAAAGUUGCAUAAUGCAUGUGUAAAUCUAGAAUAAAAACAACAAAAGCUGAAGUAAUAACUGGCAUUAGGGCCUUUCAUUUUACUUUCAAUCGCUGCAUGGCCUAUUGCAAAUUAAAUCAGCUGUGAGCAAAAAACAUGCUAAUAUUUAUAUAUAUAUGCUAAUAUCUUUAAUACUAUCUUUGAGCAAAGCAGCGGAUGAUUUUAUUUUUGAUGAAAGUGGAAGAAGAGAACUAUUCGAUAAAAGUUAUUCUUGUCUGGGUAAUGAACAAAAUUCACAUUGAUGUUCAUCACAGUUUAAAUGCUCAUUUUUUCCCCAAACUUUUAGAUCUUUUCUACUUAGCUACUUGAGAAUUACUAAAGGAAGAGCCAACGAUGGAGUUAUGGCUACAGCAAUGUAUCUAUAAUCUCCCAUGUCUUUAAUUGAGACCUGGAGGAUACUAGAUAUUUUUUAUUAACAUUUUAGUUCAGAAUGAGUAACGUAAUGACCUGGACUGUGAUAAUUAUAACACACUUAAAAUCCUAGAAAAUCAGAAAUUCAUAAGAACUUGGUCAUCUGGAAAUUUUUGUAACCAGUUAAAUUUCA